CCGCAAGUUCGCAAUGAAAACAAAGUAUAGAAACAGCGAACGGUUGAAGAAUGAACUUCACACUGUUGCAAAGAGGUUAAUAAAUUCCAUAUUGCUUUAAAGGACUGAAUCUCAACUUCAUGAAAAAAUUAUUGCAAAGUGUCAAACAUUUGGACAUGUGUUUCUUCAAGAUUUUACUUCUCCAGAUAUUUUUAAUUAUUUUCCGGAUUGAUGAACGUAACUCCUGUUCUGCCUGUGGUUGGGCUGAGUAUGAAAUAGAUGGAAGAUGUUGUCCUAUGUGUACACCUGGGUAUCAUGUUAUAGAGCACUGUACAGCAUCCGACAUGACAUUAUGUCGUCCAUGUCCCGAAUCCACCUUCACUGAUAAACCACAUGGACGUCGUAUUUGCAAUCCCUGUACAACCUGUAAUCAUGGUCUGGGUUUAAAGACAGUGAAGGAGUGUAAACCCUCUUCAGACACAGCGUGUGGAGUCCUGGAAGGGAACUAUUGUAUUGAUCCUUAUGAGGGAGAAUGUAGAGCAGCACAGAAACACACAACCUGCAAACCUGGACACUUCAUCAAACACCCUGGAACAGAUUCUAAGGACACUGUGUGUGAAAGCUGCCCUGAAAACUCUUACUCCAAUGGUUCUUCUACAUCCUGUACACCACACACAGACUGUGAAUCCGAAGGACGUCCCACAGUCAAAACAGGAGACAGUGUGUCGGAUUCUGUGUGUGGAGAGAAGAAUCUGAUGCCUAUUGUAGCUGGGACCACUGUUGGAGUAAUUUUAAUGGUAUUUCUAGUUCAAAUCGGACUAAGACUAUACCAAUUAAAAUUUUGUCAAAGGGAGACUCCUCCAGUCUGUCUGGAAAUGGAACAACUGCAGUCACUUUCUUGUGACCAC